UAUUUACAUCAAUGAAAAACGUAUUUAUUCAGCUUUCAUAUGAUGUAUAAAUCUCAAUUUUGAAAAAAAUGACCCUUACGACUGGUUUUGUGAUCCAGGGUCACAAAUGUCUGUAAAAAUUCUAUUUUUUUUUUCUCCCUGAAACCACUUUCCAGGUGUUUCAUUUAAAUAGGUUUAGUCACGUUUUACAUUAUCAUAUUUUGUGGAGCUAUUUGUAAAUACAUUUUGCUGUGGACUCUAUAAAGAGAGUGACGUUUGGCAGGAACAAAUGAACUGAUAUGGCUCUGUUCAACAAACGAGAAACGAAAAAAGAGAAUGUUUUGGAACUACGUUUCAUCAUAUCCAGAUUUCAGUCUUGGCAAUCUCAUCUCGAGCUGCCAGCCAAUAUUUCAAUGGGACGGUCGGUAUUGGAUAACGCACGUCACAUUUCUCCUCAACCUCCGUGAGCUGCUCACUUUCAGUUUGCGCUUUGCAACUUCGCAAAUGUCUCUCUGCUUGUCCGCUGGUGUGAUGUGAAGUAACUACAGACCUCAGGUAGAGCUGCUUUCAUGUGAACUGUGCUCGAUGUUUGCGCGGAUCCUCAUUCAAACGAGGGAAACGAGAGUUUUGUUGGGUUUGUCGCUGCGUGCGCGGUUUGGAGAUACACAGAACAUCACUUCUAUCACUGGCAGUAUGAGUGUCGAUAUUACUAAAUGACCUGCGGGCACACUGUCAUAUGGAUGUUGUUGGACACACCGAAGAAGAUUAGUCAUUGUGCGACCUUCACAAAUGGACAUGACAGUUUCAUACUGCUAAAAAAACCUUGACCCCACCUGAAACCACUCCAUGGUGAUCAUUUGACAAGGAUUAAUGGCAUGUUCUCUUGUGGGCACGUCUUUGACCUCUGAGCUCUCUGAGAGGUUAAAACAACACUAGCCAUGAAAUGUGGUAGAGACAUGUGACACGUCAAGCCCACCAUGCUAGACCGUAGUGGGCUACAGUGUUACAGUUACAAUCCAACACAUGAAAGCUAAAAGGAAACCUCUUAACUUUCUAGUCUCAUUUUUAAACAUGGCUUGAGUUGAUGAGUUGAUGAUUAUAUACGUCUCUGAGGUAGCAAAGAGACCAUGUGUAACAUCUCAACCUCGUGCAAUGUUGACUCGAACAUAGACCAGUUCUUCCAGCCGGCGCUAUAUAUUAUCGUCAUCGUCCUUGGCUUCCCCACCAACUGCAUGGCCCUGUGGGCCGCGUACAUGCAGGUCAGACAGAAGAACGAGUUGGGGGUCUACUUAAUGAACCUCUCUGUAGCUGACCUCUUGUAUAUAGCCACUUUGCCACUUUGGAUCGACUAUUUCGUCCACCAUGACAACUGGAUCCACGGUCAGGUGUCUUGCAAGCUGUUCGGUUUUAUCUUCUACACCAACAUCUACGUCAGCAUCGCCUUCCUCUGUUGCAUUUCUGUGGAUCGUUACUUGGCGGUGGCUCACCCCCUGAAAUUCGCAAAAGUCCGCAGGGUUAAAACAGCCUUGCUGGUCAGCGUCGUUGUGUGGGUAACGGAAAUAGUGGCCAACUCUGCGCCUCUCUUCCACGAUGAGCUUUUCAAGGACCGCUUCAACCACACCUUCUGCUUCGAGAAGUAUCCAAUGCAGGAUUGGGUAGCCGGGAUGAACUUGUACCGCACUUUCCUCGGCUUCUUAGCACCUUGGGGAGCAAUGUUGGCUGCGUACAGAGGCAUCCUGAGAGCUGUGCGCACUAACGUCUCCACUGAGCGCCAAGAGAAAGCUAAAAUCAAGAGGCUGGCCCUCAGUUUGAUCCUCAUCGUCCUCCUCUGCUUCGCUCCAUACCACGUCCUCCUUUUGUGGCGCAGCGUGCUCUUCCUCAGCAACCCCUGCGAUUGCGGUGCAGAGGAGAACUUGUUUGGUGCUUAUCAUGUGACUCUAGCACUCACCAGUCUUAACUGCGUGGCGGACCCCAUCCUCUACUGCUUUGUCAACGAAGGGGCCCGUCAUGAUGUUGGCCGGGCCCUGGCCACUCUCUUUGGCCUCUUCCAGCGGGGACAAAGCCCAGAGACACUCAUGGGGGCGUCCAUUACUGUUGAGACACCCCUGGCUAUGAAGAAGCCUGAUUUCUAUGGUGAGGUCAAAACGAAUGCCUAUAAAACUGACAUUGAAGUGCUCAAAGACGAGUGCCUUCAAAUGACCAUUCUCAGUGUUAAAAAGUGAAGUUAGAUGCCGAUGUAGCAUACAGCGGCCCCAUAAAGUGUGUGGACACUUGCACACUUAAAACUGAGUUUUUACUGAAAUUAGCAAAAUAUUAAACCAAGUGGCAUCUGCAAAUGUCAUUCCAAACCUGUAAGACCUUUGUUCAUCUUCGGAACACAAAUUAAGAUGUUUUUGAUGAAGUCCGAGAGCUUUCCAACAGCAAUGCAACUACUACGCUAAAGGCCCAGAAAGGUUGUAAGAACAUCGGUAAAAUAGUCUAUGUGACAUCUGUGGUUCAACCAUGAUGUUGUGAAUACUUUUUGUGUGCAAGGAAAACAAAAAUAACGACUUCAACAGUUAACUACAACUAUUAACUACAACUACAACUAACUUCAACACUAUUCAACAAUUUCUUCUCUUCCACGUAAGUCUUUGAUGCGCAUUUAGGACAGUACCACGACAAGCCCUUACUAUCUUUCUGGGCCUUGAAUGUGUCAAUUCCAUUGCUGUCUAUGCAGGGUCAGAAAGUUCUCAGAUUUCAUCAAAAAUAUCUGAAAGGAGAAGUCCACUUCCAAAACAAAGAUUCACAUAUAAUGUACUCACCCCCAUCAUCCAAGAUGUUCAUAUCUUUCUUUCUUCAGUCGUAAAGAAAUUACGUUUUUUGAAGAAAACAUUUCAUUUUCAUACUUUUUAAUCUCAAACGCUCGUCUUGCCUUACUCUCCCUGAACUCUGUGUAUUCUGGUUCAAGAAAGUUAGGGUAUGUCGAAAAACUCCAAUCGUAUUUUCUCUCUCAACUUCAAAAAUCAUUUCAAAAUCAUCCUACAUCGCUGCAGAAGUUCUGACCCAGUCUUUGCAAAGUGAACAUGCAAAGAAGAUCAAACACCCUUAACAAAAAAGGUAAAACAGCGAUAUAGGACGAUUUCAAAGUUGAGGGAGAACAUGAGAUGGGAGUCUUUCAACAUACCCUAACUGUCACGAACCGGAAAAAAAACAGGCAGAGCGUUUGGCAUUAAAAAGUAUAUAAAUUGUAUUACUUUUAUUAGAAUAAGCAAUCGUUACGCUAAAUAAGACUCUUCUUGCUCGGGUGGGAUCGCCUACAGCCGCAUUUGGGAUUGUUUUAAGCUGCAUUUAAACUGCAUUUUGGAAGUUCAAAAUCGGGGCACCAUAACAGUCCAUUAUAUGGAGAAAAAUGCAGAAAUGUUUUCCUCAAAAAACAUAAUUUAUUCAUGACUGAAGAAAGAAAGACAUGAACAUCUUGGAUGACAAGGAGGUGAGUGCAUUAUUUGUAAAUUGUUGUUCUGGAAGUAGAGUUCUCUUUAAAUUUGUGUUCCGAAGAUGAAUGAAGGUCUUACGGGUUUGGAACAACAUGAGGGUGAGUAAUUAAUGACAAAAUCUUCUUUUUUGGGUAAACUAUCAAUUUAGUUCACUUCGUAAGCCAUUUUGUCACUGAUUUUUAAAGCCAUAAGUAUCCUUAGUUAUUGGCGCAAAUGCUUAGCUUACUGGUUGAUAGCAUGCACGAACACAGGCCCUCAACAAAUGCGCACUAUGAAGUUUUGUCCUUGUCCAGCGUCUACGCUAAUUCUCUCUAGAACUUAUAACCGAUAAAAUGGUUGUGUACUAAAGUUGCGUGUAUCUGUUAACUCCCUCAACUGUUUGCCAGUGAGAGCGUCUAUUGUCGUUGCCGUCUCCAGUAGUUUGUUUUUUGUUUUGUUUGUAAAACAAUGGGCUGGUAGCAGUGUCACCACCUUGUGGACAAGCUAAUUACUGCAAAAAAAUCAAGGUGUGUGUGCGAGCUGCACACAUCCAGUGUAGGUAUUAUAAAGAUGAAGUUACAUCAGGUUAAUUUUAGUAGAUGUAUGAAGUUUCGCUAGCAUCUGAAUAAUUUUUUGUCUUAAUUGUGAACAAUACUUGUUCUAUACUUUUGUUUUACUAUUUAAAACCCAACAAACUUGUUUUUCUUGUUUCUUUUUAGUUUGAAAACUGCUUGUGUUAUCUAUCUAAAACAAUGCCACUUGAUUUGAUUUUGUUAUAUAAUGCAAAAACAUUCAGCAUUUAAGUGUGGCUUAAAGGUAUGGUUUACUUAAAAAAUUUAAUUUUGUCAUCAUUUAUUCACCAUCAUGUCAAUCCGGUUGCAAAGGGGUGGAAAAUUUCCGGAAACGUUCCACUUUUUUGCAACCCUAUUUUAAACCUGUAUGACUUUCUGAGUACUCAAAAGAAGAUAUUUUUAUAAUGUGUUUUUUUCAUACAUAAAAUGACAGUUAAUGAAUCCAACAGGAUUGUUUUGGACCCCAUUUCAUUACAAAAACAAAAUUUAAACAUUCCUUAUACUAUCUUGUGUUCCACUAAAAAAACACACAGGUUUGGGAUGGCAUAAUUCUGAUUAAACAAUGACAAAAUUUUGAUUUUUGGGUGAACAAUCUCUUUAAGUGAAGAUAUUUUGGGGCUGCUGUAUAUAAAGGUGCACUUUCUGACGAAACCUAUACCAACACCUAUGUGGACCUCAUGUUUUACCCAGAAACACUAUGAUAAAAUCUUUUACUUGGAGAUGAGGAUUAAUCAAUGUCAGCAAAAUGCUGAUGUCAAAAAUCCCUUCUCCUUUUGAAUGUUUUAUAUGUACAUGCCAGCCAUUUGUGUCUGUUCUUUUAGAUUUUGAGGAAAUAUACUCUGCUAUCUCUGUUUUGACAUUACUGCUCAUUUUAAGCAAGCCCGUUUAUUUAUUACCCCACUCUUGUCACAGUCAACGCAAAUACAGUCUAGGCUGUUUCUGGUGUCAUAUCUUAAUAUGCAUCUUAAUACACUGUAUAAAGUCUUAACAAGACUCUUCAACAAGAGGAGCGUGUUUCUCUCAGCCGUGUCUUGUAUGACAUACUUUGUGUUUGGUGGCCCACAGAUACUCAAAAUGGAAACUGUUUUCCAAACAAUGGGCUUUGCUGUUGUUUACAUUUUUUUUUCAUUAGUUCUCCAGGUGCCCUAUUUCAGCCUAGCAAACUGUAAGUCCUGAAUGUCAGCAGUGAGAAAGUGCAAUGUAAUGGAUUCGCUGUUAUGCCAAAAUAAAAUAUGUGAUGUCGGUCGUU